UUAAAGGAGUAAAGUUAAAUAGAUAAUAUUGAAAUAAAUGUAAUAUAUACCGAUAUUAAGGUUAGGUAUAUUAUUUUCUAUACGGAACAUAUCCAGUAUGGUGUCGUGUUGUCAAUUUAAUUGUCAAAUUUAUUAAUCGAAAUGCCACUGUCAAAGACGUGAGAUCGUGUGUGUGUUGUUUUCGUGUAACGAUGUGAUUAUUGAUCUUUUUUCUUAAAUUAACCGGUGGAAAUAGAAAUGAAAAAAUCUUUAAUUUCCAAUGCGAAAUACGAGAAAGUACCAUACGAUGAAGAUAUUUUUACAUGCAGGACCGACAAAGAUAAUACAGGAAUAUGGUUGACAGCUAGCGAAGCAAGUAGUUUAAGUUAUGAAGAAGUAGCGGAAAGGUUACGUGUAGAUAUUAGGAAAGGUCUAAAUUGGCAAGAAACGAGUGACAGAAGGAAGGUAGCUGGGUAUAAUGAAUUUUCUGUAAAGAACGGCGAUCCACCAUGGAAAAAGUACUUAGAACAAUUCAAAAAUCCAUUAAUUUUAUUACUACUGGCAUCGGCGGUAGUAUCGGCGGGCAUGAGUCAAUUCGACGACGCCAUCAGUAUUACAGUAGCCAUAGUUAUAGUUGUAACAGUUGCUUUCGUACAAGAAUUUCGAUCUGAAAAAUCCUUACAGGAAUUGACGAAAUUAGUACCACCAUCAUGUCAUUGUUUGAGAGAAGGUACUCCAGAUACGUUCUUGGCAAGGGAAUUGGUACCUGGAGAUGUAGUGUUGUUGAAUGUGGGAGAUCGGGUACCGGCAGACGUGCGACUAUUCGAAGCGCACGAUUUAACGUUAGACGAAAGCUCCUUCACAGGUGAAACCGAACCAGCUAAAAAAAACACAGAUCCUGUUAUCAGACCCAAUGGGGCUCAUUCGUCUAACACAAAUAUCGCUUUUAUGGGAACCUUGGUACGAAACGGUAUAGGAAAGGGUAUCGUAGUAUGUACAGGAACGAAUAGCGAAUUUGGUUCGGUGUUCAAGAUGAUGUUAGAAGAGGAAGCCCCAAAAACUCCUUUACAAAAAUCAAUGGACAAACUCGGAGCUCAGUUAUCAAUCUAUUCGUUUGCUAUAAUUGGUUUCAUCAUGUUGGUAGGAUGGAUCCAGGGUAAACUUAUUAUGGAAAUGUUCCAGAUUGGUGUCAGUUUAGCUGUAGCUGCUAUCCCGGAAGGUUUACCGAUCGUUGUAACGGUAACUUUGGCUUUGGGCGUAAUGAGAAUGGCUAAAAGGAAAGCUAUCGUUAAAAAACUACCAACAGUCGAAACUUUGGGGUGUGUAAACGUGAUCUGCUCUGACAAAACCGGUACCAUAACCAAAAACGAAAUGACAGCUACUGUAUUAGUGACAUCAGACGGUUACAUAGCCGAGAUAACAGGAGCAGGCUACAACGACCACGGUCAGAUUUUAUUACACACCAAAUACGAUUUCCCGGAUAAAGCUCGAGAAAGUAUUAGGUUGUUAUUAGAGGUGGGGGCUGUUUGUAAUAACGCCGUUAUAAAAGACGAAACGUUAUUGGGUACGCCUACAGAGGGAGCUCUAUUAGCCGCAGCCAUGAAACACGGUAUGGACAAUAUUGGCAACCGUUAUAUCAGACUCAAAGAAUACCCUUUCAGUUCCGAACAAAAAAUGAUGGCAGUGCAGUGUAUUAACAAAUACGAUAAUAAUAAGGAAGAAAUAUUUUUCGUUAAGGGGGCCAUUGAGAAAUUGUUAUCGAAAUGCACCACGUAUAAUUGGAAUGGUAAUCAACAACCGAUUAGCGAUCACAAAAAAGAAGAAUUUCUAGCAGAAGCUCACGAAAUCGGUAAAAAAGGCUUAAGAGUCAUAACAUUAGCGAAAGGUAAAACCCUACAAGAUUUAGUGUACAUGGGAAUAAUAGGAAUAUGUGAUCCACCGAGACCGAGAGUUAGAGAAGCCAUUUCCAUUUUAAAAGAAUCCGGGGUACAAGUUAAAAUGGUUACCGGAGACGCUAUGGAUACAGCCAUAGCCAUUGCUCAAUCCAUAGGUUUGGAAACGCUUCCGUCUCAAGUACUUUCCGGUGAACAAUUAGAUAGAUUUACGGAGAACGAAUUGGACGAAGCAACUCCUGGAGCUACAGUAUUCUAUAGAGUAUCGCCGAAAAAUAAAUUAUCGAUAGUGAAAUCGUUACAGAGAACUGGACAUAUAGUGGGUAUGACUGGAGACGGUGUAAACGAUGGUGUAGCUCUGAAAAAAGCGGAUAUAGGUAUAGCUAUGGGUAAAAAUGGGACGGAUGUGUGUAAGGAAGCCGCCGAUAUGAUUCUUGUCGAUGAUGAUUUUUAUACUAUCAUAGCUGCGAUAGAAGAAGGAAAAAGUAUUUUCUAUAACAUUAGGAAUUUCGUUACUUUUCAACUGUCAACUUCGAUAGCAGCUCUAUCUUUGAUAGCUCUAUCGACAAUAUUAGAUAUACCCAAUCCGUUGAACGCCAUGCAGAUAUUGUGGAUAAAUAUAAUAAUGGACGGACCACCAGCGCAAAGUUUAGGGGUGGAACCCGUAGAAGAAGACGUGGUGAAACAAAAAGCGAGAGAUACAAAAGAGCCCAUGAUAACAAAGAAACUAAUAUUGAACGUACUACUAUCGGCGCUGUUCAUUAUCGGCGGUACGCUUUGGGUGUUCCAAAAAGAGUUGAGUUCAGAAGGAAUCACGGCUAGAGACACGACGAUGACGUUUACUUGUUUCGUUUUUUUCGACAUGUGGAACGCACUUUCGUGUAGAUCGCAAACUAAAAGCGUCUUCACCAUAGGUUUGUUUUCGAACAAGAUGUUUUUGGCAGCGGUAACGCUUUCCGUGUUGGGACAGAUGUUGGUUAUAUACCUACCACCGUUACAAGCGGUUUUUCAAACCGAAGCACUAACCGGUUGGGAUAUUGCCAUGUUGACCGCCCUUACGUCUUCCGUAUGGGUGUUUUCUGAGGUAAAAAAAUUGAUAGAAAGAUAUAUGGAGAGGAGGUGCAAGGGAAAGAGAUCUCCUUUGGAAUACGUAUGACAAAAAAGGGGGUUUAGCUGCUCAAUGCUCUCCCCCGAACCCAAAUUAUUCGGUCCGUCUGAUUAGAAUGUGCAAAUUAUCAAACUAUCACGACUCUAUGUGAAUAAAAUAUCACUUAACGUAGUCCUUCUUGUUGGUUCCACGUCUAUCCGCAACUGGAAUCGGAAGUAAACGUUGGGGGUUGUACCUAGAGAUUCCCAAAUUUUAUUUCGCUUUCCAAAAAUCACGUUUCUACUUGAUAUCUUUUUUUAAUUUUUGGAUCUAAGACGUUUCUAAAAUGGUGCUUUUGCGUGUAAUUCAAAUUUAUUCACUUGCAAUCUAUUUAGGCUUAAAUAAUUAAGAAAAAUAAUAUAAGGGUGUGUUAAAAGUUAGGGUGUUUCAAAAAUUAGCAAUAACAGGAUUUUUUUUGGCUCCACAAUUGGUGAAAAACAUUAAUUUCCAAAAAAGAUAUGGAAUUAUUGACUAUAUGACCUCCUUGAGUUGUUAAAUAGCUUUUGUGGGGUUUUUCAACCCCAAUAAUCAACUCCCAAUUAGUAAUAGGUGGAUUAGGUAUGCCAAUGCAACUACCGGGGUAUAUCGGUUAACGGAGAGGAUGGUUUUGUCAAAAAGGGGGCAACAACAUCAUAUUUUGGACCCACUGGGUUUUCAUGAGACGUACCAUCAAUAAUAUACCAAACAGGAUCAGAUGAAUCCUUAUUGGAGAAGCAAUCCAAAAUAUUCUCAACCAUUUCAGCCAAGAACACAGAUUGUGAUGUCAAAAAAAUCCCUUUUCAAAAUAAUUCUCAAAAUAAAAUGGAAUCUUCUAUAAUUAUAUUGGAUAUAAAAGACAAAAAUGUCAUUUAAUAUAUUUUUUAACUAUACAAGGCGCGUUAGCACCGGUUUUCUAAGUACUACUCAACUUUUUUUCGCUUCUACUACUAAAGUUCAAUUUAUUUAUUGGGCUAAAAACGCCAUUUUGUUACUGAAUUUGUAUUUUAUCAGAAAAUUCUUUUGGUAUAAUUAAACUACUGUCAGAAUAA